UGUGUCUCACUGUCAGCUGGGAGACGAGCAAGACGCUUCUUUGCUUCUUUUCUUCACACCUCACUAAAUACUGGAUUAACUGUUUUUCCCUUCAUGGAAAACUGACUUUUUUUUUUUAAGAUAACCUCUUCAGAAACAGGUUGUCUGAGCUUCCACACUCCUCCUCGCCACAAUGAGUUGGGGGGCGCUCUAUGCCCAACUGGGCGGCGUCAACAAACACUCCACCAGUCUAGGAAAGAUCUGGCUCUCUGUCCUUUUCAUCUUCCGCAUCACUAUCCUGGUUCUGGCUGCUGAGAGCGUCUGGGGAGACGAGCAGUCAGACUUCACAUGCAACACGCAGCAGCCUGGCUGCAAAAACGUCUGCUAUGACCACUUCUUUCCUGUGUCGCAUAUCCGCUUGUGGUGCCUGCAGCUGAUAUUUGUGUCCACCCCGGCUCUGCUGGUGGCCAUGCAUGUGGCCUACAGGAAACGUGGGGAUAAGAGGACCAUGCUGGCCUCCAACGGCACUGAGAAGAUGACAGAUAAUGACCUGGAGAUACUGAAGAAGAGGCGUCUGCCAAUCACAGGCCCACUGUGGUGGACCUACACCUGCAGCUUGUUCUUCCGCCUCAUCUUUGAGGGCGGCUUCAUGUACGCGCUGUACAUGGUCUACGACGGCUUCCAGAUGCCCCGGCUGGUAAAGUGCGAGCAGUGGCCCUGCCCCAACAAGGUGGACUGCUUCAUCUCCAGGCCAACAGAGAAGACCAUCUUCACCAUCUUCAUGGUGUCCUCGUCAGCAAUCUGUAUGGUGCUUAACGUUGCAGAGCUGUGUUAUCUCAUCGUCAAGGCGCUCAUGAGGUGCUCCAACAAGAGGAAACACCUGUACACCCACACAGACAGCAUGACACGGGACAGUGCCCAUCUGGAGAACAAGAGGAACGAGAUGCUAUUGUCUCCUACACCUGAUUCGACCAGGGACAAGAUGUGUUGAAGGAAAGUUAUGGGGGGGUACCAGAGAGGAAGAAAAGCAGAAACUGUAAAUCCAGCCACCUGUAACGGUCCCAGUUUGUGUCUACAGUUUGGUAAUCAGGCUCCAAAUGUGAGCAUCCAUCUGAAUUAUCUCAUGGGAAACAGACUGGGGGAACAUUAAUCUUGUACUCCGCCCCCAUUUUGUAGCAAAAACGCCUAAAAUGACAUACCCAAAUUAAAAUGACUGUAGCUUCUGAACUGCUCUGACUACAUGCAUGCAUGAGGUCUUGCCAGAAAGAAAACUCUCUGAAGUUUCUUGUGAAAGUGUCAGAAACACUCUAGGUGAUACACAGACAGAGUAAUGGGGCUCUGAAGUUGGUAAAAAAAUUGAAGAUUUUGCCUAGAAUAAAAUAAAAAAUGUAUUUCAGGAUGAAUAACUGUCUGUGGCUUCAUCUGAGCAGGUAAAUGACAGUAUGGGGCUGUAGGCACACUAUCAAUGAACACUCGUUUCAAAUUUGAAGAAGACUGCUCAAAGUAUGACCAUUCUACAGUGUUUUUUCCAUGAAAAGAUCCAGGUGGAGCUCCAAAAGAAAAGUUGGUCACACUCAGUGAUCAAACAGCACUCAGCCAGCUUCAGACAUUGUACCUUAUUGAAAUCAGGUGUGAUUAUGAUAGCUGAUGUUGUUUUUGACACAGAAACACCAUAAAAUAUCACCAGAAUAAAGCCAUAUGAAACGUGAAAGUUAUGAUCCCACUUUCUAGACGGUAUAUCUCAGCCAAAAAUAGUGGUAGGAGUGAGACCCUUACCUUUUAUAAACCAGCUACGUCCCCGCUAACAGCUCCACAUAAGAUUGCAAGUAAUCCUUUAACUUUUCCCGUCGAAAAACGGCAUGACAUGACUUGUCACCACUCAUCGCGAUUUUGGACUUUGUGUGUUAAGGCUGCUCUGGUGCGAAAUACAUAAGAAACAAAAGAAAAACGAUCACGCUUUGUGUGCCCAACGUCCUACAUAACCACCUCGUUGCAAAGUCUACACAUUGCCUGAUUGUAGUAUUUCAUUUUGUUUUGUUAUGUCGCCAAAACAAUGUAUUUUAAAAAGCAGUCUAGUUAGACAGACAUAAUUUCUAGGAGACAGGGUUGGUAGUUGGGGUGACCAUCUUCUGUGUUCAUGUGUAGGUUAAACACUGAAUCAUAUUUGCUCUGUAUUUCUACAUAUGGCCUCAAAUGUGCAUCUAAAGGCAGUCAGAUGUUCUCCCCACCAUAGUUUAUGGAUCAUGCACCUGAGUAGUUUUGCCUGGGACACUGGCUCCCUCCUUUGAAAUCUGGUAGAGUUACCACCAGUUUUACUCAAAGAGCCUGUUUCAGGUUUUUAUUCACGUCUUUGUGUCUUUGUUUCUUCCACAUUGUCACAAGUGUCACCUUACUUUCCUCACUGUGGGUGUACGGUGGAGGUUUUGAUGUGUUCACAGUCUAAUGUUGCUUGAGUGUUUUGAAGAGAAGAAUCAGUCUACACUGACACCUAGUGGUGGUUGGUGAACCACCACCCCCCCCCCCCCCC